AUGACGAGUGAGGACAAGAAGCAGUUUGAGAUCUCUAACCUCGGCAAAGUAGCCGCUCAUGUCCCCGACCUCAUAGUUUAUGGUGAUUUCUCCCAGGAAGUGCCUUUCAUUGAGAGCUUCGAUGGCGUGUUGCUCUUUGUGGACAUUUCAGGUUUCACGGCACUGACCGAAAAGUUCAGCAUGACCACCAACCUCGACCGCGGUGCUGAUGAGCUAACGCUGGCCCUUAAUAACUAUGUGGGAGACAUCGUGGAAGAGGUGUUGGUGUUUGGAGGCGAUGUCUUGAAAUUUGCAGGGGAUGCAUUGCUGGCACUCUGGAAAGUGGAGCGAUGCCAUAUCAAUGAUAUCAUCACUCUGGCACUGAAAUGUAGCUUCAGCAUCCAGCAAGAGUACGGGGUUCGCGAUACGGAAGUGGGACUGGAACUGCGCGUUAAGAUAGGACUAUCUGCAGGUCACAUCUCAAAAGUUGUGGUCGGAGACAACAGGCACCAGUAUUUCCUGGUAAUUGGCCGAGCAGUGGAUGAAGUGCGGUUGGCCCAGAACUUGGCGAAAGCAAGUGAAAUUAUCCUGUCGCCAAAUUGCUGGGAGCUCUGCGACCGGAAACUAAUUGAGGUGGAAAAAAUCAAAGAUGAGCGAGCUGUUAAGGUUCGAUACAUUAGAAAUACCCUGGAUUUUGACACUGAGGAGUUCUUUGAUAGAUGCACACAGUACCUGUACCAAAAUCGUAUCUGUGACAAUUUUGAGAUUUUGAGAAAUGCCUCUGUGUUGCCUCCAAAUGACAAACUUGAGAAGUGUUUGAGAAAAUACGUGAUGAGGAAUAUCCUAAAGAAGAUCGAUGACAACCAGCCCCUGGAAUAUUUAUCAGAGCUUCGACCUGUGACGAUCGUCUUUGUGAAUUUGCAGUUUGACGAAAGCGCCAACACUCAGCAUCUCUGUAAGGCCAUCCAGGAUGCCAACACGAAGAUUGCGGCGAUCAUAUACCCGCUCAGUGGCAAGAUUAACAAGGUCUUCAUGUUUGACAAAGGUUGCACAUUGCUGUGCAUCUUUGGCCUCCCUGGGGAUAAACAGUCUGACGAAGGUGCAAAUGCUCUGGACAGUGCCAAUAAAAUCCAUGCUUUCUGUUCCACGGCUCUCAUGAAAGUAAGACUUGUCUCCAUUGGAGUCACCAGUGGGCCAGUUUUCUGUGGAGUAGUUGGCCAUCGUUUGAGACAUGAAUACACAGUCAUCGGCCGGAAAGUGAACCUUGCGGCCCGCAUGAUGAUGUAUUAUCCUGGGGUAGUGACCUGCGAUGCUGUCACUUGCGUCAAAUCCAAGUUACCAUCCUAUUUCUUUGAAGAGCUCCCGUUAAUUGAGAUGAAAGGUGUUCUGAACCCUGGGACAGUCUAUAAAUUCCUUGGGGUCACGGAGAAAACAAUGAUUUACAAAGCAUAUCUGAGCCGAGAGAGAUGCGAAUAUUACCCUUUGCUGGGCCGCAAGAAGGAGACAGACCUCUUUGAAAACUUGCUGAGUGAUUUCAAAGCCGACAGAAAAAGCCGCAUUAUCAUCUACGAAGGCCUCAUGGGAUAUGGAAAAAGCCAGCUGUUGGCUGAGAUUGCCUUCUUAGGACAAGACACAGGCCACAGGGUUGUGGCGAUGGAGCUCACAAAGAUCAAUGUGUGGCAGAACUUCUUUGUCAUCCGGACCCUCAUGGCUAUGUUUCUGGGGAUUGAUACUUGCAAGACCUACGAUGCAAGACAGUAUAUCCUUGUGACCAGAAUCCGAGGAGUAGUUCAGGAAGAGUAUUUCUGCCUUCUCAACAAUCUCUAUCAUGUUAAGUUCCCCACAUCAGAAGAGGUUUCCAAAAUGAGUAAUGAAGCAAAGAAUGAAAAGCUGGAGAACAUUCUCGUCAAUAUUCUAAAGAAUGCAGUGAUGAAAGAAGUUCUCAUUUUUGUCAUUGAUGAAGCUCAGUUCAUGGACCCGGCCUCGUGGGACUUCCUGGAGAACUUGCUAAGCGAUAUUGGUAUCUUUGUGGUCAUGUCGUUGUCUCCAUUGCCCCGCAAGGGGAGACUGCCUUGCGCUGCCGCAGCGCGGCUCAUGAGCAGCGAAUACACCACCUACGUUCAGCUAAGGGAGUUGACCCCUUCAGUCAUCGUUCAGAAGGCCUGCCAAGAUCUUGGGGUGGUCAGCAUUGCCAGGGAGCUUGAGACGUUCUUAAUACAAAGAAGCCACGGGAACCCACUGUACUGCGAGGAACUCCUGCGGAAUCUCCACUUAAACAACGUCCUUCAGUUCCACAUGCUAGAGGAAGACGAAGAGAGAGAAGACGAGUGGGACAACCUUUUCACUAUUACUGCUCUCAAGACUCAAACCUCCAGGACCUCCAGUGAGUCGGAUUCAUACAUUUGCACCAUCACACAGAACGUGAAGAUGCACAACAUAAUGCUCCCUCCGACAUUAAAAGGGAUUGCUCUGGCUGAGUUGGACAACAUGAACCCUUCUGAACAGAUGGUGGUGAAAUGUGCAGCUAUUAUUGGUGUGACCUUCUCUACAGAGUUGCUGUUUCACAUCCUCCCUGAAUGGACCAAGAUGAAGAUGAACCAGACCUUGGCAGCCCUGGUGGAAUCUCACAUCUUCAAGUGCUUUGGGGAAAGGAAAGAAAUGAACACCAACCAAAUUCAGGAUGAACUUUCUAAUGAGCUCUGCUUCUCCCCCAAAGCUGUGAAAUCAAUGGGGCAAGAGUCCGAUCUUGGAAUGGUCGUUGCCAACAGGCUGAAGCAAGAGGAGUCCGUGAUGCAGUGUAAGGUGAUGGGAUUUUGCACGCCCCUGCUGCAAGAAGCAGCCUACGAGCUAUGGCUUAAGAGCCAGAAGAGAGCCCUGCAUCUCAAAUGCGCCAGUUACCUGGAGAGUCAGGCUCACAGAUGCCUGUGCUGUGGUGGAGGAGACUUCAUUCCCUUCCACCGCUAUGCCGUGGAUGGCAUGCUGCAAAACAUAGACCCGCAGGGAGCGAAAGCCACCAGAAGCAAGGAAAGCAUCCUGAACGAGGCGGCCUCCGUCAUCGUUUCCGUAACGCUGAAAAAACUGGAUCAAACAGAUCAAGGAGAAAUUCUUGUUUCUGACACCUGGAUGGAAAAUAGAAUCGCAAGACGCAAUCUUAGCAAAGAAGAGCUUCAGGGGAGACCCAGCUUGCAAGAGUCCUUUAGAGCGGAAGAUAUAGAAAUGAAGUUUUUAGAGAGGAUGGAUGAAAUCAUCAUGCUUACUGAGAAGGGCAAGAAAAGAAUCAAGAACCUGAGCUCCUGUGAAUGUGAAGCGAUUGUGGAGUACAUCAUCAUACCUUUGUCUCAACACUGCGUGGCUGUGGAAGAUACCCCUCGGGCCCUUUAUUACUUGUUGGAGUCUGCAUGUGGUUAUGUCCACCUUUCCAACAAUUAUAUGGCUUUUACAUAUCUGAACACAGCAGAGCUCAUGCUGAAAUCUGUGAGUCCCAAGCAAAGAAACAUUAGCUUGUUUGAGGAGUCAGUAUUGCACAGCCUCAAGGGAGAGGUCUCUUACAACAUGGGUCAAAUCAAUUUGGCAAAAAAACUGGUGAAGAAGGCUUUGCGUUUAUUGAAGAGAAGCUUCCCAAUGACCAUUAUAGGAGUCUUUUUCAAGUCCAUGGUGGAAACGUCCAAACACUUGUCUCAUCAGAAGAAGCAGGUUCCUUGGCAAAUGUCCAGUGGCAGGGAGAAGAAACUAGCUUUUCUGUACCAGCAAGGGCACUGCCUUUCCCUGCUGUGGCAGCUCUUCAGCCUGGAUCUUGCCAGCAGCAGCAAAAAGUUCUCCCGCUUAGCAGCUCUCAUGAAUGUGAACUGUGCAGAGGAAUCUCAAGACGAGUCCCAGAUAAUCUCCUCCUACAUGGAAUUCUCACUCUGCUGUCAGCUGAUGGGCUACCAGCAUGAAUGGAUGAAAUAUGAGUUAAUGGCUAUCCAACGUAGCGCGCACCUUCGAGUUGUUGGAGAAGAGCUCUUAAUCAUAGCUAAGCUGGCAUCGUCACUAGCCUACAUGAAGCUCUGCUUGGGGAACUUGCCUUUAGCUGUCCAGCUUGGUUACCGGGCACAUGAGCUGUGUGUGCAACUGAAGAAGCCCAAACUCGACUGCAUUGUUCUCAACGACCUUUUCAACGCUCUUUUUCUCAGGACAAGAUACCAGGACUCUGUGUAUGUGCUGAGCUGGCUGGAGGACUUAUCCAUGCGAGAUGAUAAUGUCAUUGGGCAGGCCUGCUUUGUGACCGGCUGUCUUGAUCUCAUGCUUUAUGCUGGUUUUUCAUUUAAGUCCUUUGACUUCUGCCUGGACUUUGUUUUGAACCAGCAAAUGAACUGCAUCCUUAUGUCUCAAAACAGCAUCAUGCUUGGCCUGUAUUCUUCUCUGGCGAUUUGGUGUGGCAGACUUCAAGAGUGGGAUGACUUUAUGGAGCUGUUUGAACAGGCGAGAAGGUUGGUGAGGAGAACGAGCGCUUCGCUUUAUGCUAACCAUGGAUUCUGCAAGUUUGUGGAGUGUGAGGCUCUGCUGCUGAGAAAAUAUAUUGAGGAAAGUCCUGGGAAAGCUCGUGAGAUGCGCAACAAGAUCACAAAAAAUUUGGAACAAGCAAUUACACAGUGCUCCACAAGCCCCGUCUACUAUUCCAGGGUUUACCAUAUGAAGGCCUACGUCCAACUCAUGCUUGGGCAGGAUGAAAACAGCCAAAGCUUCCUUGAGAAGGCAUUCGCGGACAGCGAGUUGUAUGGAAACCAUCUGGAGCAAUCCUGGCUAGAAAUUACCAAGGAGUGGUGGUUCACUGGAAAAUGUCCCAUGGAAGACUACUGGUUAAAGACGGCUCCUGAUUUUCCCAUAUGGGAAGUAGGAAUGGGAGAGAAAGACAUGGGAGCCUUCCAUAAAAACAAGUAUCUGCUGAAUGUGCCCGAGCUGGACAUAGACAAUCCAUUCCCAGACUCAGUGAGUGAGGUUGAGAUAAGCUGAGAGAAUUCUGAAGUGCACCAACUCUCUUCAGCAAAUCCUUUCUUCCUUUGCUAAACUCUAAUAUUUAGCCUGUCCGUCCCAUUUCCUCGUCACUUUAUCUUUUCAAAUAGAUAGCAUCCCAUAAAACCUUGCAACAGAACACUGAAAUUCAGCUUCUUCAAUGUGGAUUUCAGUAAAGCUUUGAAAUGAGACGAUGAUAUCU